UUCCCGAAACACGUUACUUACACGUAGGCACUGAAUUCCGUGGCAACGCGCAAACCUCACCUCACUGAGUAGUAGUCAUUGGGGCGGACUAUUAGAAAACACUUUAGUAAUUGUUUUUGUGUGUGUGCAGCGUCAGUUACCCAACCCUAACUAAACACACACACACUACACUGAGCUCAGAGUGAAGAAAGAAAGAGAAGAGAAGUAGUAACAGUUUCAAUCAGUUGAAAGAAGAAGAAGAUCGAGCAUUCUUUACUGAUCGGAGAAAUGGGAGAUCCAGCAGAAAGGUUGGGAUCGGAAGGAUUGGAUUCCGGCGCCGCCGUCAAGACCGACGACCUGUGCAUGGAAAUCGAUCCGCCAUUUCAGGAAAACGUUGCCACCGCCGAGGACUGGCGCAAAGCUCUUAACAGAGUCGUCCCCGCCGUCGUCGUCCUCCGCACCACCGCCACCCGCUCCUUCGACACUGAGUCCGCCGCCGCCAGCUACGCCACCGGUUUUGUCGUCGACAAGCGCCGCGGCAUCAUCCUCACCAAUCGCCACGUCGUCAAGCCAGGUCCGGUGGUUGCAGAAGCGAUGUUUCUGAACCGCGAAGAGGUUCCGGUGCAUCCGAUUUACAGAGAUCCGGUACAUGAUUUUGGGUUCUUUUGUUAUGAUCCUGGCGCUAUACAAUUUCUGAACUAUGAGGAGAUACCUCUUGCUCCUGAAGCUGCCUGUGUAGGACUAGAAAUCAGAGUUGUUGGUAAUGAUAGUGGUGAAAAGGUUUCCAUUUUGGCUGGUACUCUUGCUCGAUUGGAUAGGGAUGCUCCUCAUUAUAAGAAGGAUGGGUAUAAUGACUUCAACACAUUUUAUAUGCAAGCAGCAUCUGGGACCAAAGGAGGGUCAAGUGGUUCCCCAGUUAUAGAUUGGCAAGGCAGGGCAGUGGCCCUCAAUGCUGGGAGCAAGUCAUCAAGUGCAUCAGCAUUCUUUCUACCUCUAGAACGAGUUGUGAGGGCAUUAAGGUUUCUUCAAAAGGAAAGUGAAACUUAUGUUGAUAAAUGGAAGGCAGUUUCUAUACCUCGUGGUACGCUUCAGAUGACAUUUCUCCAUAAAGGGUUUGAUGAGACUCGUCGACUUGGCCUUAGAAGUGAGACAGAGCAGAUAGUCCGUCAUGCUUCUCCAGCUGGUGAAACUGGAAUGCUUGUUGUGGACUCUGUGGUGAACAAAUUGUUAUGUGGUCCGGGUUAUAAACAUUUGGAACCGGGUGAUGUACUUGUUCGUGUCAAUGGAGAAGUCAUUACUCAAUUCCUGAAACUGGAGACUCUACUUGAUGACAGUGUAAACAAGAAUAUUGAAUUACAAAUUGAAAGGGGUGGCACAUCAAAAAGUUUAACUUUGUUGGUGCAAGAUUUGCACUCAAUAACGCCUGAUUAUUUCUUAGAAGUUAGUGGGGCAGUAAUACAUCCUCUUUCUUAUCAGCAGGCUAGAAACUUCCGUUUCCAUUGUGGGCUUGUUUAUGUGGCCGAACCAGGAUAUAUGCUCUUCAGAGCAGGAGUUCCUCGCCAUGCAAUAAUUAAGAAAUUUGCUGGUGAAGAAAUAUCAUGUCUUGACGAACUGAUAUCAGUUCUUUCUAAGCUAUCCAGGGGUGCUCGAGUACCAUUGGAAUAUAUAAGCUACAUGGAUCGUCAUCGAAGGAAGUCUGUGUUAGUGACGGUUGAUCGGCAUGAAUGGUAUGCACCACCUCAGAUAUACACUCGUGAUGACAGUACUGGUCUUUGGAAUGCUAAGCCUGCUUUUAAGCUUGAUUCCUCCUUCCUAUCAUUGGGUGCUAAAGAUGUUGAAAAUCUAUCUAGACAGUCAGUUUCACUAACUGGUGAGCAUGCUUGUGGGGGACAUGUGUGUGGAGAUAACAGUCAGGAGUUGGUUGAUGGUGUCACUAGCAUGGAAACCAAUUGUGAAGAUCCCUCAGAGUGUGUAUCUCACCACAAUGCAUCUGAUGGUGUGGUGAAAAAACGAAAAGUGGAUGAAGAUUUAUCAGCUGAUGGAAAUGUUGUUGCUGAUUUUUCCUUAAAUGACUCAAGGGAAACUAAGCUAGAAAAAUCAAGUAUUAUACAGGAUGACAUGUUAAUGGACUAUCAGGGUGCAACUGCAGCUACAGCAAAUGCAUCAGUUGCUGAACGUGUGAUCGAGCCUACUCUUGUGAUGUUUGAGGUUCAUGUUCCCCCAUCUUGUAUGCUUGAUGGUGUUCAUUCACAGCACUUUUUUGGAACUGGUGUCAUAAUUUAUCAUUCCCAAGAUAUGGGAUUAGUUGCAGUUGACAAGAAUACAGUUGCAAUAUCUGCUUCUGAUGUAAUGCUAUCUUUCGCCGCCUUCCCAGUUGAAAUUCCAGGAGAGGUGGUAUUUCUCCAUCCUGUUCACAAUUAUGCCCUUAUAUCAUAUGAUCCCUCUGCAUUGGGACCUGUUGGGGGUUCAGUUGUUCGUGCUGCAGAGUUACUUCCAGAGCCAGCAUUACGCCGGGGGGAUUCUGUUUAUCUUGUGGGGUUGAGUAGAAGUCUGCAAGCAACUUCUAGGAAAUCAGUUGUUACCAAUCCUUGUGCUGCAUUAAAUAUAGGAUCUGCUGAUUCCCCUCGCUAUAGAGCAACCAAUAUGGAAGUAAUUGAGCUUGAUACAGAUUUUGGCAGUACAUUUUCGGGUGUGCUAACAGACGAACAAGGAAGGGUCCAAGCUAUAUGGGGAAGCUUCUCAACUCAGAAGAAGUACAAGAGAAGAAAGAUGAAAACUAGAAAGAGACGAGAGAAGACAAAUUUUACACAAACCUCAAAAGGCUACCUGAUGCUGAAAUUUGGUUGCAGCACCUCAGAAGAUCAUCAAUUUGUGAGGGGUAUUCCAAUUUAUGCAAUAAGUCAGGUUCUUGACAAGAUUAUAUCAGGUGCAAAUGGGUCACCUCUUCUUAUAAAUGGUGUCGAAAGGCCUAUGCCACUUGUGAGAAUUCUAGAGGUUGAACUUUAUCCAACAUUGCUUUCAAAGGCUCGGAGUUUUGGAUUAAGUGAUGAUUGGAUUCAAGCACUUGUUAAGAAAGAUCCAGUAAGACGUCAGGUUUUACGUGUUAAAGGUUGUUUGGCUGGAUCAAAGGCUGAGAAUCUUUUAGAACAAGGGGAUAUGGUUUUAGCAAUCAACAAAGAACCAGUCACAUGCUUCCGUGACAUUGAAAAUGCUUGCCAAGCUUUAGACAAAUCCGACGCCAAUGAUGGGAAGCUUCACUUGACUAUUUUCCGGCAGGGACAAGAGGUUGAACUUUUUGUGGGAACAGAUGUUAGGGAUGGAAAUGGCACUGCUCGUGCAAUUAAUUGGUGUGGUUGUAUUGUCCAAGAUCCACAUCCAGCAGUGCGUGCUCUUGGAUUUCUUCCCGAAGAAGGUCAUGGUGUAUAUGUGGCAAGGUGGUGCCAUGGGAGUCCUGUACAUAGGUAUGGUCUAUAUGCUCUUCAGUGGAUAGUCGAAAUUAAUGGAAAACCAACUCCAAAUAUAGAUUCUUUCGUUAAAGUGACAAAGGAACUAGAACAUGGCGAGUUUGUUCGUGUAAGGACAAUUCACCUCAAUGGGAAGCCACGAGUCCUAACAUUGAAGCAAGAUUUGCAUUACUGGCCAACGUGGGAAUUGAGAUUUAAUCCUAAUAGUGCGAUGUGGCAUCGCAAUAUAAUCAAGGGAUUGAACUGCAGUUCUGUAUGAAAUAUGAAUGAUCAGACCAUGUAAUUCUUUCUAAUUCCUAUGUACGCAGCUACACGGGAGUAUAGAAAAAUCUCGUGGAAGGCAUCUUCCAGGUUCAGAAUUAUGGUUUACCAGUGCCCUCGUUGCAAAUUUGAGGCAAAUUUGAUGCUUUGCCGUUAAGGGGUCUACUUCAAUUGGUUGAACAGAUGGAGAGAGAUACUAUAAAACAUUUUGUCCAAACAUAUUGUAUUGCAUUGCCAUGAUUGAUAAGUUAUGAGGCGUUCGAUUCAGGCUGGCAAUUAUUUAUUCGGAUCUGUACCGCAACAUAUAACAGUAGGCUAAUUAUAUUGGAUCCUGGAAAGGUUGGAUAAUAAAAGAAAAAUGAAAAAUAUUUAUAGUUUAUGUAUUGAAGGAAAAAAAAAAACACACCUUUUCUUUGGUUUGUGAA